AUGUUUCACACGGGUCUGUUGGUCAUCGCGACCCCGAUCCGUCAAAUCCUCAAGAAUGUGGCUCCGUUCCUGCGCGAAGCCCGGCAAGUCGUGGACCAGACCCUCUACAUCCGCCUCGAACCCGGAUACCAGUGGCCCCUGAAGAGAACCGCAUUCACUCUCGGCGAAAUUUCGCAGUUACGCAGUCUCAUUCCCAGAAUAUACGGAGAGGCAGCGAGAGAGUGCAGUCACCUCGACGUCCGAGUGCUUCAAGGAUUCCUGAAGAACGUCGAGCUUCGAGAAACACAUCUGAACAACAGCGUGGAAGUCGUGCUAGCUCAGAGCGGUUUCCAUCAUGUCGAAGACUACGUGAAGGAAAACUUCGCCAUCUGUCCGAAAAUUCAUUUUUUGCCGUCGACGACCUUGGAGUCCGACGACGAUCAGCCGGAGACGAGCUCAAAUUCCGCCAGCUUCAAGAGCGUGUGUUUGGGAGGAACUUUCGACAGGUUGCAUCUCGGACACAAGGUUCUCCUGAGUUCCGCGGUAGCAAGAGCGACGGAAAAAUUAGUGGUCGGAGUUACCGAUGGCGACAUGAUAAAAAACAAGCUCCUGUGGGAGUUAAUUGAACCCCUGGAGGUCAGAAUCGACGCCUUAAAGAAAUGUCUGCGGGAUAUGGACCCAACUUUGAAUUAUGACGUCACCCCGAUUUACGAUCCCUACGGGCCAACAAUUCAAGAUCCCAGUCUGGAAUGCUUGUAUGUCUCGGAUGAGACGAUCAAGGGCGGCCACAAGGUCAACGAGGAACGCGCGAAGAAGAAUUUCCCCGCGAUGGCGCUAUUUAACGUGUCCUUGCUGCCAAACCACAACAAGCUCGAGAAAUUCAUGGACGACAAAAUCUCGUCUUCCUCGCAACGCAUCGCACUACUCGGCAGAAUUCUCCGAGAGCCGAGCCCCAACCCGAAUAUUCCGCCAUCACCCUUCGUUAUUGGACUCACGGGAGGUAUCUGCACGGGUAAAACGCACAUCACGAAAACGCUGGAGACUUUGGGAGCUUCUUGCAUCUCCGCGGAUCUCCUCGGUCACGAAACGUACAAACCUGGCACGGCUCUGAACCAGAAGCUCGUCGAUACUUUCGGGGCAAGCGUUCGCGCGGAGGACGGGAGCAUCAACCGAAGGGCGCUCGGAGCGAUCAUUUUCGCGGACGCGAAGAAGCGAGAGCAAUUGAACGGACUCGUGUGGCCCGAGAUUGAGCGAUUGAUCCGGCAGAAGAUUGAGGAAGCUGGUCGGGCUGGAGCGAGAAUUGUGGUAAUAGAAGCUGCUCUGCUCUUUGAGGGAGGCUGGGAUCGUCUGACUCACAUGGUUUGGUAUUCGCUCAUUUCGGAAAAGGAAGCGAUUUGUCGUGUCACGGAGAGGGAUCAUUGUGAUCAUGAACUUGCCCUGAAGAAAAUCCGCUCGCAGAAACCGGCGAAAAUGUUCAUUGAGAAAGCGCACAUUGUUUUAUCGUCGAUGUGGGAGAAAGAAGUGACGCAACAGCAAGUUCGUCGAGCAUUUGAGGCAAUCCAGAAGUACGUCCGUUGAAUGGCUAUUUUUUUUAUUGAGCGCGGAUUCCGAAUAUCUCGAGCGACUACGCAGUUCGCAGGGGAGAUGACUCGGUGUAGAUUAAUGCUGCGAUCUUAUACGGAUCCGGUCUCUGUGUCUCGCGACCAGAGCUCCAUUCGAGACACAACUGAUUUAGAGACACUUUUUAUAGAUAUCCCUGAUGGUUUGUUCUUCUACACCAUAACCCUAUGGUCUUUCACCAGUAACAUUGGUGGUACCACCGAAAAAUGCUAUAUCUGACUGCAUCUAUGAGAACUGGCUUUUCGUCUUCAUGCUUUGUAUAAAUCAUAUUUUUUCGAAACCUUCUCAAUACCUAGAGAAAUAAAGCGCCCUCUGGGACC